AGCUUUUCUGAUUUCUCUACAAUUUUGUAGCACUAAUUUCUAUAGACAUCCAAAAUCAGUGACAUUGAAGGGUUACGGGGAAACUCCAUGCAUGGUGUCACUGGCCGGGAACAGGUAAUGUCCCUCUCCAUCAAGGUCCCCAUUAAUUGAUACCACCGCACACUUUGACCUGCCUGUGGAUUCAGAGCGCAAAGCCACAGUUUUCAAGCUGUUUUCUUUUGCAACCCCCACAUGAGAACCUUUCAAUUGUCCUUGGUUUCCUUCUUCACCUGCUUCGUCUCCACCUUCACCGCUGCUCCCCUCGUUCCCAUCGUCCGGGACAACCUCAAUCUAACCAAACAGGACAUUGGGAAUGCAGUGGUGGCCUCUGUUUCUGGGAGUAUUUUCUCCAGGCUUGCAAUGGGUGCGGUUUGUGACAUGCUGGAGCCACGCCGUGGAGGUGCUACUCAAAUUUUUAUGCCUUUGGUUUAUGACAUUAUCCGGCAAGCCGGAGCAACUCCGUUCACUGCCUCGAGGAUUGCCUUCUUCAUUCCGGGUUGGUUGCAUGUCAACAUGGGGAAUUUGGUCUUGACUCUUGGUCAAGACUUGCCAGAUGGAAAUCGUAGUACCUUGCAGAGAAAGGGUGACGUUGCCAUCGACAAAUUCUCCAAGGUUCCGUGGCAUGCUGUCACAAAUUUCAGAACCUGGAUCUUUGUCCUCCUCCAUGGCUACUCAAUGGGAGUGGAGCUCUCUACCGAUAAUGUCAUUGCGGAAUAUUUUUAUGACAGGUUUAAUCAUAAACUCCACACCGACGGAGCAAUAGCUGCAACUUUUGGCAUGGCCAACCUUGUUGCCUGUCCCUUUGGUGGUUUUGCUUCUGAUGCAGCGGCCAGAUUGUUUGGCAUGAGGGGAAGGCCAUGGACUCUGUGGAUCCUCCAAACCUUAGGAGGCGGCCUGCGGAGCAACUUCUGGCAUCAUCCCAUUUAUUUCACGGUAGUCAUUGGGAAUCAUAUCGGGCAUGACAGCUGCGGUGGGAACUUCGGAUUGGGCCUGACCCAGUUGAUAUUCUUCUCCACUUCAAGAUUCUCCACCGCAAAAGGUUUGACGUUGAUGGGGGUGAUGAUCGUUGCCUGCACACUGCCGGUGACGCUGGUGCACUUUCCGCAGUGGGGCGGGAUGUUUCUUCCUGCCUCAAAGGACGCAGUAAAGGGUACCGAAGAGUAUUACUAUGGUUCUGAAUGGAAUGAAGAGGAGAAUACGAAAGGGCUGCAUCAUGGAAGUCUCAAGUUUGCCGAGAACAACCGGUCAGAUCGUGGCCGUCGCGUUGCCUCCGUGCCACCUCCGCCUAAUACACCAUCAAAUCAUGUUUAAUCCCAAACGUACGCAUGCAUAAUUCGUUAAAAAUAUCAAUACAAAUUGAAUAAUAUAAAAAGGUUUUACUG